UUCAGUUACGAUUUUGUUAGCGCCGAAUGUACAGUGUCACAAUAAUAAUACAUUUAGUACCUCUUUACUAUCUAGUGUAAUCUUUAUUGUUCGACAUGUUUGUGUUGUAAAAGUGAAUAGUAUUUAUUUAUUCAUUUCAAUUAUGAUUAAAGAUAGACUGAAAGAGUUACAAGCUGCCAAACAAAGUACAAUCUUCAACAUUCUAAUUAUUUGUUUUGUGCAUACAGAGCAUGGCUAAAUAGAUUUAUUAUCUACCCGUGAUACGGAGUUCAAGUAGUGGCCGUUCAUAUACCUAAGUUGAUUGUGUCGUAGAUCGUUGAAGAUGUAUUUCCAAAUCACAUCAACAGAAUAGAUUCCCGAAAUAACAUGAGAGGAGUGGACAACGUAGCUCUGGACAUUCAAUACUCCGAGUAUAGUUACAUGGAACAUUUCUUUGAUCAAAUCGAACAGUGUCGGCUGAAAAUAAGACAAAUCAAAGAGCAUGUAGUGUUGAUGAGGACAUUACACGGAAAGUUACUACUUCUACCCAGGCAAGAUGAAAAUAUGAAACGAGAUAUAGAUAUAAAAACAGAAAAUGUAAAAAAAAUGGGGAAACAAGUCAGCACCACAUUAAAAGGUUUAGAAAAACAGAUUAAACAGGAAGAAGACGAGUUUUCCGGUGACAACGAACAAGUGAGCGCCGCGUUGCGGAUACGAAAAACCCAACAUGCCACCACGAUACACAUGUUAGUUGAAGCGCUAGCCGAGUUUAAUGCCGAGCAGAUCAUCUACAAAGAAAAAUGCGAAGAACGCAUGCAGAAAGUCGUGUGCAUAGCGAAAGCCGAAAUAUCCAACGAUCAGUUCGACGAACUGGUCAGCCAAGGCAACUAUUCCGCCGUGUUCAAUGGCAACAUAAUUGCCGAAACGCUGGAAGCUAGGAAAACGUUGCAGGAAGUCCAAGACAGGCACUUAGAACUAAUGAAACUGGAGAAGAGCAUCCAGGAGCUCCGGGACAUGUUUGUUGAGAUGGCGAUGCUGGUUGAAAAGCAAGGUGACAUAAUUAAUAGUAUAGAACAACAUGUGUUAAGAGCCGGGGAAGCUGCUGAAAAUGCCAAAAUUGAAACAAAAAAAGCGGUCAUAUACACUAGUAAAGCGAGAGUGAAAAAAAUCGUCUUCAUAAUGAUUUGCAUCUGUGUGACCUUAUGCAUGAUAGCGUGGUUGUACUCAAGUUUUUUCGGAAAUGAUGAAACCACCGAAACUUAACAUCUCCAAAAUUUUUUUCAUUUAUUAAAUUGUAACUGUAAGGUGAAAUUCUGUGAUAUUUGUGCAACUAUAUAUAUUUAUAUUUAUUUAUGUAUAUUACAUCAGUACUUAU